AAACUUUCCAACAUUGAAACUUUCACCACAACUCCAAACAGCAAAACAAAACACCAUUUCAACCUUCAAAAGGCUCCCUCAGGUUGGCAGUUUCAAGCACAAACGCGUGGAGAAGAUCAACAACGUUGCUUAGUUAGAAAGGAACGUUUGUAGGAAGAGGACGAAGAAGCAUUUUGUCGAAUUAGCUGGCUUUGCAUACACAUUAAUAUCGUCAGUUUGAAGGCAGCUCAUAGUCACCAUCAGUUAUCGUUGCAUCAAGACCAGUCCUAGUUUACAAUGUCAUGGUUAUUUGGCUCUAAGAAGGAGGAGACGCACACGGAGAGCGGUGCUGUGUCGUCAGGGAUUGACCCGAAGCUGGGGUUUGACCCAUCCCAGAUCUCUAGCGUCUCUCAAAUCAUAUCAGCACCAGGCGGGCUGGACACCUCGAGAUUGCAUCCGCUUGCCGGUUUAGAGAAGGGGGUUGAGUUCAUGGACCUGGAGGAUGAGGAGCUGACACACAUGGAGGGCGCUCAAGGCUUGAUUCCUUCUCGUGGUUGGACCGAUGACUUGUGUUACGGUACAGGUGCGGUGUAUCUCCUUGGUUUGGGUCUCGGUGGUUCAUAUGGGUUCUUUGAAGGUUUACAGAACAUCCCGGCCAAUGCUCCGGGGAGACUGAGACUGAACACGGUGUUGAAUCAUAUCACCAAGCGUGGUCCAUUCCUCGGUAACAACGCUGGUGUCUUGGCCUUGACUUAUAACCUCUUCGACUCUGCUCUCGACGCCUUUAGAGGCAAGCACGAUAUCUAUAACUCUGUUGUCGCAGGUGCCCUUGCAGGUGCGCUGUUCAAGUCCUCGAGAGGCCUGAAACCAAUGGGUUACGCAAGUGUUCUCAUGGCUGGUGCUGCUGCUGCAUGGACUGGUGUGAAGGGUGUUCUAUUGGGUCAAUAAAGGGUCUAUAAGGCGUGGGGUGGAUUUCGAUUAAGCUUGUACAUAUACGUGUAUUAAAAGAGAAGAGAGAAGAAUAAGAGUAAAUGUUUAAUACGCAGUCUUUUGAACUAUGUAGAUAUCUGUUGUCUCUUUGGAGGAAUGGCACUGUUUUCCUCUUCGUCAUCAAUCUUGUGCUUCUUGCCCUGCUCACUCUUUGAAUCAAGCAGUUUUAGCAUUUCACGUAUAUCGUCAUAUGUCUUUGCUUUUAUCAUCACCUGAUACCAUGACUCCUUUCCUGGGACCAUUCUCGUUAACAUGUACUUGGAAUUACCAAAGAAGUUGUC